AUGUCAUCCUCUUCUGACCCUACCAAGCUCGCUACCUCAACCAUCCCACAAUUUGACGGCACCAACUAUAAAAAGUGCUCCACAGUGACUGUUCCUGUCCCUGGUCUUGCCAGACCAAUAGCUGCGACAGGUACACCCACGGCUACGGAAAUUGCGGCUCAAGCUGCAUGGGAUGAGAAAAAUGACAAGGCGCUGGGAAUCAUUCAGCUCUAUGUCGCACAGAACCUUCUUCAUCUAGUUGAUGACAAGUUCUUGGCCCUGGACGCAUGGACAGCGAUUAAAGCCGGUUACGAGAAACCCGGAGUGGUAGGCGCAUUCGUCGCCUUCCAGAAGCUGUUCAAUGCGCAGCUUUCUGACAGCUCCGUGCUCGGCCCACAACUCAACGCGCUCACAGAACAGUCCAACCAGGUCAACGCGGUGUCAUGCACCAUAAUUAUAAGUAUAGGAAAACUAAAGAAAUAA